AUGUGUGAUUUUUUAAAGCAGGUACAAAGUUCUGAUAUAAAUUUAGAAUGGGGAAAAGAUUGUCCAAGAGCGUGUAACUGUAAGAACACAGAUUUUAUAGACUUACCGAUAGUUAAAUGGAUGUAUAACGGACUACAAACUGAACUAGAAUCACAUACCUCAAAUACACAAAAUGAAGUUUUUGAAGAAAAUGAAGAAGAACAAAUAGCUUAUAACAAUACACAAUUUUUCAAAACUGCCUUAUGUAUGUUUAUGAAUGUAACAAGACCAAAAGACUUUUUAAAUUUUCUUCCAUUAGACACUGAGGCACUAAUUUUAUUUCAAACAACUGAUUCAGACAAUAUUACAAUAGAAGAUGAUAUAAAGCUGCCAAAAUUAAUUUCAUUCGAAAUUCAUGGCAAUAAUAAUAAAACAAAAAUCUAUAUUACAGAUAGAAUAUUCAAAUAUAUGGAUAAUAUAAAAUAUGUAAACAUUCAAAGUGUAUCAUUAGAUAAAUUAACUUUAGAAAGUAAUGAACCAAUUCCAAUAAUAGACACUAAUGUCUAUAAAAAAGAAAAUUCAUAUGCAUUUAAUGAACUUUCACCAGUAUUACCUUCGUAUUUACAUAAAGAACAUAAUAAUAUAAAAAACCGUUUGAUAUUUUUACAGCCCAAAGAUAUUGACAUGGUUCCUUAUGAAACAUAUAAGAAAACUAAAAGAACAGCAAAAUCGAAUAGCUUAUUUUUAAUCAAUAAAGAUUUGUUGUUUUUAAGAAUUACAAAUUGUGGUCUAAAAGAUAUAUCUUGGGAUUUAUUUAAUGGAUUGGAUUCAUUGGAAACCCUUAUUUUAGACAACAAUGCUAUUGAAUACAUUCCAGAUUUUUCUUUUUAUGGUGCUAGUGUACUAAAAAGAUUAUCUUUAGCUAAUAAUAAAAUUAAAUAUUUGCAGACUACUGGUUUAGCUGGACUUCUUGAAUUGAAUUAUUUAAAUUUGAAAAACAAUGCUAUAACUGUAUUAUCAGAAACAACAUUCCCACCAUUGCCAAAAUUAAAAGUUGCAGAUUUAAGUGAAAAUCCAAUUGAAAUGGUAUAUCCACAUACAUUUGAAGUACUAAAUGCUACUAUAGAGCUUACAUUGGGAACAAAUAACAAACAAUUACAUUUACAUAAAAAUGCAUUUAUUGGUUUAGAUUCUUUAGAAAAAUUGAAUUUAAUUGGUGUAAAUGUGACAAUUUUAGAAAGACCCUUUAUGAUUGGACUUCCUAAUCUCGUGGAACUUAAUAUCAAAGGUUCCAUACAACAUAUAGCUUUUGAUGCAUUUGUUGAAAUACCAAACAUUAAACGUCUCUCAAUCAGUAACUGUUCAAUACAAUCUGUGUCUAUGGAUUCGUUUUACGGAAUUUAUAAUUUAGAACAUGUAGAUUUGUCUUAUAAUCAACUGCAAGAAUUGCCUCCUGGAUUAUUUGAUCAACAAUUGUCUCUCAAGGAAUUAAUUCUAAAUAACAAUCAACUGAUUGAUUUACCAGACGAUAUAUUUAAAACAACAUCUAAUCUUAAAUUAAUACGAUUAGAUAUGAACUCACUACACUGCACAUGCAAGAUGAAAUUGUGGGAUAUUUCAUUAAUGACUAAAAUAGCAAAAGAAAUGAAUAAGCAGUCUUGCAAAUGGAAACAUUCAGAGAAAGGAUAUAGCUGUAAUAUUGAAAGAACAACUACAUAUAUUUAUAACAAAAAAUUAGAACCAAUAUGUUCAAGUCCAACAAAAUUAAAAGGAAAGACAGUUUCAUAUGCUUUGAGAAAGUAUAUGAAUUGCAACAGUGAACUUUACAUGAAGAAAAAGUAUAAAGAAUUAAAACUUUAUAAACAAAUAAGUGAACAAGAUAUCAAACAAAAUACUGCAACAGUAAAGACUAAUUUUUCUGAUUUUAUUUUAAAUAACACAACAACCAACAGAUAUACAUCACCAAAUAAAAUGUUGGAAAUUAUUGAAUCAACCCCAGAAUCAAUAAUCAAUGAUAAAGUAUACAUUACUACGGAAAGAAGUAUACUUUUGGACAAUGGGACAUAUAUAAGCAAAUUAUCAUUGAAAGAAGAAAUUGCCAAAAUGAAAAGAAAACAUAAAGUAAAAAAUUCUGAUUCUAAACUUGAAAACAAAUUAUGA